AUGAUUGGCCGACGCUGUGCUCUCAUUGCUUUGGGCGGUCUUUUGAUUCUUGUCCUUAGCGUCAAUUUAUAUUUUAUUCGAAUGAUCGUAGAGAGCUCGUCGCAAAAAACUUCUAAAAGCAUGCCUAUUUCACAAUUGAAACCAGAACAAGAACAGUUAAUAUUUCAAGCAGAACAAAAUUUACAAGUUUCACGAAAAUCGGUUGCGAAAGAUAUGAUAAAAAAAAUUAAAGAGGAAAUACAAAUAUUACCAUCAAGAUAUUUCAAACAAAAUGUUAGCUAUACAGUAGUAAUGGAAAGAUUGUUAACUGAGUUAAAGAUAAUGCCUAACGUUCAAAAAAAUAUAUGGAGUAUUCCUAAUAGUAAUUGGCCUGAUGCACAUCAGUUAAUACCACCGGUUGCACCCGAAUUAGGAACAAUUCUGGAUACCUUGCGUAAAUCAAAAGUGAUACGCGCGGAUAACGCACCACUUGGUACGCAAUUGAAAUUGAUGUUAACUUUGGAACAUGGGACGAAAGCGAUGUUUAAGCCUCAGUGGUAUUCUAGGGACGCUAUUAUUCAAGGACCUGUUUAUCAUGGAAAAGAUCGACAUAAUGCUGAAGUAGUAGCAUUCCAUUUAUCUUCCUUAUUGGCCUUACGAAGAGUACCGCUUACUGUUAUUAGAAAAUUUGAUUUAAGGAAUGAAAUUCGGCCAUAUGCAACUCCUGAACUUUAUGCUACUAUAUAUCAAGAUGGUAAUGAUACUUGUCUUUAUGGUGUUUGCCAUUAUUGCUCUCCUGCAGAUCCAGUGUGUGGAGUAGGGGAUAUUUUAGAAGGUGCUUUAAUUUCCUGGUUACCUCGUUAUUUAAAACUUGUAAAACAUCGUCAUCCAUGGCAAAGAACUUAUAAAAAAAACAAACUUGCAACAUGGGAAACCGACGACAACUAUUGUGAAAAAGUAAAAGAUUCUAAGGCAUAUUCUCCACAAACAUCGAGUAGACUUUUAGAUUUAGUAGAUACUGCGAUCUUUGAUUUCUUGAUGGAUAAUGGUGAUCGCCAUCAUUACGAAUUAGCACAGAAUAAUUUUCAUAAUCCAGCUGUAUUGUUAAUUGAUAACGGGAAAAGUCUUGGAAACCCUGAUAUAGAUCAUUUUGAUAUUUUAGCACCUCUAUAUCAGUGUUGUAUGAUUCAUAAAACUACUUGGGAUCGUUUAAAAUUAUUUAGUGGUGGCACUUUGAGCAUAGCGCUUUCAAAACUAGUCGCUCAUGAAUCAAUAAUGGCCGAUGUUCAACCCCUUAUUACAGAGGUCCAUUUAAAUGCCAUGGAUAGAAGAUUACUUACUAUUUAUGCAGUUGUAGAAUAUUGUUUAAAAAAUAAGAAAUAUGCUUCCAAUGUUAUUUUAGAUCAUCGGUAGCCUAUAUUUUGUGCAAUAUUCAUUGCAUUUUUAAACAUUAGAAACAUAUUUAUAUUUUAAAUGGUAUUUGAACCAUAUUUUUUUAAAAUUACGAUGAAUUAUAUCAAUUUAAUAUUUAAUGAAAUCUUGUCUAAAAUUGUUUCUACUUACUAUAGCUACUUUUUAAUAUUUAUGCACAAGUACAGUACAUAUUUCUGACUUAAAUAAAAUAGCUUUUUAUAUGUAACUUUAUUCGAGAUUUAAUGUCUGUAAAAAAAAAAAUCACAAAACUAUCAUAUAAAAUGGAAAAAUGAGAUUGGUCAAAAAGAAUAAUUAAAUUAAUAUACCCAAUCAUGUAAAGUUUAGUGUAAUUUAUUUGAUGACACGAUAAUUAUCGUUAUUUGAAUGAAGAAUCCAGUGCAGCGUCGUACAGCGUAUAAAUACGGUACAAACGUAAAAAACCUGUAAAUGCGACUGUAUAAUUAUUAUAUGCACAUCGUAUUCAUGGACAUUACGAUAUCGAUCGAACUCUGAAAUCGAUUUCAAGGCUUAUCAAACAUGUACACUAUGUAUAUUUCAUGUAGCCUGUUAUUUUUUUGUUAUCAUUUUGAUGCGCUACAAUCUGACAAAUUGCACACGAAGGAUUCAAUUCCUUUGCACUUCAUCUUUUCCCCUUUUUCUUUAUACACUUUACACGUCAUUUUAUUAAAAGAGAUCUUGCAGGCUACCAUGGGAUUUCGAAUCAAAUUUGUAUCUAGCGUCAUCGUACAUUUCAUUUCAUCUUUUGUAUUUACAAUGUUACAUGACCAGAAUUACUCACGUAUCUUACUAGCUAAUUAUAAAUUUUAUUCGUAACAUAAAUUUAGCGCCAUCGUUAGAUUGUAUAUGUGUAUA